AAGCAGAGUAGAGCACCACACCAGCCCUGUAUCCCAACAUGCACUGCGCCUCUGCCUCUGCUGACCAGUGACCACCGUCCGGGAGGAGGCCUUUCUCAUUUAACUUCAUUGUUUUCUCCGGUGGUAUUUAGAUUUGCAAUGGAGAAGACCAACCACAAUGUGAAGGCCCACCCAUGGGAGGUGGACGACAAGGCCCGACUCUGCCGGUUUCUGUGUUAUGGAUCAGAGGGGGAUAUUUACACAGCUAGAGAGGAGGUGCAGGUGAGCAGGGAAAGUGCAGAGGCUCUACUGGCUCUGCUGGAGGAUGGCAAAGGAGCUGAGGUGGUGGAGAUCAUCGCCAGGUACAGUCAGGAGGGGAGAAUUGUCUCUAUGGGUCCUUGUCUUUUUGCACUGGCAGUGUGCACACAACACUCUGAUGUAAAGACGAGGCAGGCCGCAUUCAAAGCAUUAAAGGAAGUUUGCCAGGAUCCUGUGUAUUUGUUUGAGUUCAUGCAAUAUAAGAAGGAACUUAAGGACACAAAAAGUGGAAUUUGGGGGCGUGCCCUUAGAAAAGCUGUCUCUAACUGGUAUAAUGAACAAAAUCCUAUGAAUCUGGCAGCAUCCGUUGCAAGAUGUAAACAACAAAAUGGCUGGUCUCAUCAGGAUCUCCUUAAGCUGUCCCAUACCAAACCAGCAAAUGAUGGCGUUGCAUUGGUUUGCAAAUAUAUAAUGAAAGGGUGGAAAGAAGUUAAAGCUGAAUAUGCUGACAGAGAGAAUCCUGAGGAGGUGCUGGAAGUCCUGUCCUAUCUGGAAAUGGUGGAGAAAGUCAAGCACAGCAGUGAUGAGACAGAAGUCAUCACUAUGAUAGAGGAGCAUGCAUUAGAGAGGGAACAGCUGCUGACCCACCAUUUAAAGUCCAAACAUGUAUGGAAAGCUUUGUUGAAGGAGAUGCCUCUUCAGUCAUUGAUGAAACGUUUAGGAAAAAUGACAGCAAAAAGAAUUCUUGAGCCAGGAAGCUCUGAAACACAGGCAGUUUGUGACCGUAUCCAGUCUGACGCAGUCCUUAAAAAAGCCCGAAUCCAUCCUUUCAGUAUCCUUGUGGCUUUAGAAAAUUAUAAAAAAGGACAAGGCUAUCAAGGUAAAACAAAAUGGGAAAUAGACAGCAACAUUGUCCAUGCCAUGGACUCUGCAUUUUAUAAAAGUUUUACGUAUUUGGAACCUUUGGAUAAGAACUUUGUGAUUGCUGUGGAUAUUAGCACGUCCUUGAGCAGUAUUGUCCCAGGGACAUCUGUGAGCACUGCUGUAGCUGCAGCUGCAAUUACCAUGGUUUUUGCAUCAACAGAGGCAAAUACACAGGUUCUGGCCUACUCUGGUGGAUCCCUGAUACCAUGCUCUGUGGCAGCAGGCAUGACACUAGAGCAAGUAACAGCUGAACUAGUAAAGACCCCAAGUGAGAGUACAGACUGCACCCUCCCAAUGGCCUGGGCCACAGAACUCAAAAAAGCUGUUGAUGUUUUUAUUAUAUUGACCAACAACCCAAUUUGGGCUUUUAGGGCUAGCCCAGUGGAAGCUCUAACAAAGUACAGACAAAAAAUGGGGACCUUCUCAAAGUUUGUGAUGUGUGGGCUAACAUCCAUUGGACAUGCUGUUACUGAUACGCCUGACCGUGGUGUCCUCAGCAUCUGUGGAUUUGACCUUGGUGCAAUAACACUAAUUCGGAACAUGGCCCAGGGUUUCAUUUAGCACUUGUCGUCAUUUAGAGAAAAAAAUGGACCAAAGUGGCCCUUUUAAAUGUAUGGGUAACUCAGUAGGCUGUAUUUACUCAUUUAAUCAAUAAUAUUACAUUAAUAAAUAAAGGUUUCCAGCGGGCUGGACCACUA